UAUGGGAACCAAAAUUUUUUAUAAAUUUUACAAUCAUGAGUUUUUCUGUGUAUGAGUCACACGUCGCUUUAUGUAACAACGAGCGUGUGAUAAUAUACGAUAUUGAGAACGAUAUCGAAAAUAUUAUAAUCUUACCCGGUCUGGAGUCGAACAACAAGAUAGACGUACACAACAAUGUGGAUAUUGAGACCUAUCAUAUGAUAACAUCUGUGGCGUUUUCGGAGGAUGGAAGAUACUUUGCGGUGUGUGCAAAUCGCAAGCAGCUAUGCCUGUAUGAAACAAAGGACACAAAGCUUCUGUCUAAUCGAACACUUCCCAGAGCUGCAAGUACGAUGAGGUUCUCUCCAAACAACGAUGUCGUGGUUGCUGAUAAGUCUGGGGAUGCCUACCUAUUUUCUACUAGCUCUCCGAUGGAAAAUGGUGUUUUAAUUCUGGGACAUUUGUCGAUGCUUCUUGAUGUACUCGUCACACAAGAUAUGAAGCAUAUAUUGACGACUGAUAGAGAUGAAAAAAUUAGAGUUUCCAUGUACCCCAACAGCUACAACAUUGUAUCUUACUGUUUGGGACAUACCAAAUUUGUGACAAAUAUCUCAGAGUUACCUCAUGACAAAAGCAUCUUAGUAUCAUGCGGUGGUGAUGGAAAUGUAAAAUUAUGGGACUACAAGCAUGGGACUGAAUUAAUGUCUGUAAAUUUUUGCGACAAAAUAUCCAAAUGUGUGGUUGAGAAAUUUAAUCAAGAUCUCCGUGAUAAUUGCUACAAUGAGUAUGUAGAUGUGCUGCCUGUCAAACAUAUGAGAGUAUCUUGUCUUGAUAAAAGGGAAUCUUUGAUUGUAAUAAGUUUUUACAGUAGUGAAGUAUUAUUAAUUUACAGCAUUACUAGUAAUCAAGAAAUACAAAUGAAAGCUAAUUACUUGGGAUCCUUAUCUAUAGAACUUGAGCCAGUGAAUUGCCUUCUACAUAAACAGGAUCUGUGGGUACUAACAGAUAUAGGACUAAAAGUAUACAAAUUCCAGGAUAGUAGAUUUGUUGCUCACGAUACUUUGAAUUGCGCAAUGAAACAUCUUAAUAAAUCCUGGGAAACUUUAAAAGAUAUUACCAUUAAGCAGAAUUUCUUUCCUAUUUUAUACAAGAGAAAGUUUGACAACGUACAGGAAUAUAUGGAAAGGAAAAAAAUUCGUCUCGCAGUUAGCAAUGUACUGUAGAUAUUGUAAUAUUGUUUUUAGAAAUAUUAUAAAUACAGCCAUUGUUCAGCACAUUCACAAAAUAUGUAAAUAAACAUUUAUGAUAAUUUAAA